AUGGGUAUUAGCAGAGAUGGAAGACAUAAACUUCGUUUAACUGGUGGUAAGAAAAAGAUUCAUAAAAAAAAGAGAAAGUAUGAAUUAGGAAGACCACCUUCAAAUACCAAGUUAGGUAGUAGACAAGUCCACGUUGUUAGAGGACGAGGAAGAAAUUACAAGUAUCGUGCAAUUAAGUUAGAUUCUGGUAGUUUUUCAUGGCCUGCUUUUGGAAUUUCAAAAAUGACAAGAAUUAUCGAUGUUGUUUACAACGCAUCAAAUAACGAAUUAGUUAGAACUAAAACUUUAGUCAAAAAUUGUAUUGUUUUAAUUGAUUCUCAUCCAUUUACAGCAUGGUAUGAAAAUACAUUUGGUGUUACCCUUGGUAAGAAAAAGAAAUCAAAAGAAGAAGAAGGUAAAGAAGAAGAAAAUAAUGAAGAACAAAAAGAAGAAAAUAAUGAAGACAAAGAUGAAAAAGAUAAAAAAUCAUACUCAGUAAUUAAAAAAAUAGGAAAAGCAAAACAAAUCGAUCCAGCUUUACUUGAACAAUUUAAACAAGGAAGAGUUUUAGCUUGUAUUAGUAGCAGACCCGGACAAUGUGGUAAAGCAGAUGGUUACAUUAUUGAAGGAGAUGAAUUAUUAUUUUACAAACGUAAAAUGGAUAAGAAAAAGAGAAAUUAA